UAUCAUUAUUAGUGAGUGCUGCACAACACGUGUAAGCCGCAAUUUUAUUUAACUGGUAUUUUUAGUAAAUUCAUAAUUAUAAGCAGUUUUUAAAGCCAUUUUCGCAAAUCAGUCGCUAAAAUGGGUAAGAAGACUAAAGUUGGAAAGGCGCGGAAAGAUAAGUUUUACCAGCUCGCGAAGGAAACAGGUUUUCGUUCCCGUGCUGCAUUUAAGUUGGUACAGCUUAAUCGUAAAUUUGGUUUCCUACAGCAAUCACAAGUAUGUAUAGAUUUGUGUGCAGCUCCAGGAGGUUGGAUGCAAGUCGCCAAACAAAACAUGCCUGUAUCGAGCAUUGUUGUUGGUGUCGAUUUGUAUCCUAUUCGUCCAAUACCAGGGUGUAUAAGUCUUGUUGAGGACAUUACCACUGAAAAGUGUAAACAGUCGUUGACCAAGGAGUUGCAGUCGUGGAAAGUUGACGUUGUACUGCACGACGGUGCUCCGAAUGUGGGUCGCAAUUGGUUAUUUGAUGCUUACCAACAAAUAUGCUUAACAUUGAAUGCGUUAAAACUUAGUACACAUUUUCUACGUAGCGGCGGUUGGUUUGUUACAAAAGUAUUUCGUUCCAAGGAUUAUAACGCAUUAUUGUGGGUGUUGAAACAAUUAUUCAAAAAGGUGCAUGCCACUAAACCGAGUGCUUCUCGUAAGGAAUCGGCUGAGAUAUUCAUAGUUUGUCAAGGUUACUUAGCGCCCACAAAAAUAGAUCCACGAUUUUUGGAUCCUAAAUAUGUUUUUGAAGAUUUAGAUAUCGAGGGCAAGAAAAAAAAUUCCUUGCUGCAUCCUGAAAAGCAGAAACGCGUCAAGGCCGAAGGUUACACAGAAGCAGAUUUUGCACUGCGUAACGAACUAUCUGCUACGGAAUUUAUGCAGUCAAGCAGUGGCAUAGGAGCGCUACAAGGUAUGGGUUCAAUAAUCAUCGACGAUGAGCGUAUCGCAAAACAUCCAAAGACAACUCCAGAAAUUCUGGAAUGUUGCAAGGAUAUUAAGGUACUUGGACGCAAGGAUAUUAAAGGAUUGCUAGCAUGGUGGAAGGCCUUAAAAGAUGAAUUGUUUAAGAAACCUGAGAAGGAGACUACCGUUAUAGAGGAGGAAGCUCCAAAGAAAACACUCACACAAGAAGAAAUUGAGGAUAUGGAAGAGGAAGAAUUGCAACAACAAAUAGCGGAACUUGCCGAAGACGAACAACGUGAGAUCAAACGGAAACGGAAGAAAGGACUUAGAGCAAAACAGAAAUUACAUGAAAAAAUGAAUCUAAAUAUGGUGAUCAAAGGCGAUGCGGGACCACAAGAAGAGGCCGAGCUGGAAAUAUUCGAUUUAAAGAGUGUUAAAUCACAACGUGAACUGGACGAAAUGUUGGAUGUGGUGCCUGAUUUUGAUGUUGAAGGCGAAGCAGUCGAAGUACCGAAAUUGCCAAAAUAUAAAGCUUACGAUAAAGAUGAUAAGCGUCUGGAUGAUGAUGCCAACUAUGAAAACGACGAUGAGCCCGAUGUAUCCGCGGAGGAAGAUUCUGAAAGUGACUAUGAGAAGGAUGGCUUGGGUUUGAGCGAAGACGAGGACAAUACAAUCGAGGCACAAAAGAAAAAGAAACGCACCGAACAUCCGCUUAUAAAAUCAGGAGACUUUAGAGAUAAGGACACAAAACGGCAACAGCGUGUGCAAUUGUGGUUCGAAAAAGAUAAUCUGCAACAAAUAGAUUCGGAAGAUGAUGAGGAUUACGAUUUGGAUCGGUUAGCAAAUGAAUAUAAAAGUAAAGGUGUAGCAGUACUGGGCGAAUCACAGCAAAAUGCCGAUUCGGCAAAGUUACCUUUGGGCAAGAAAGCUAAAAGGCGUGCAAGACAUGAUGACGCAAACGAGAAGUCGAGUUCCGAAUCCAGCGAUAGCGACUCUGAUGCCACUGUAGAUGAGAAUGAUGAAGAUGGUGAAAAAAAAGUUGCCGGCAAUAUGGCAAAAGAGCCAAAAGCGAAGAAGGUACGACUUUCCGAAGAAGAGCUUGCUCUUGGAUCUAUGAUGAUUAAGGGCAAGAAAACACGGCGUGAUCUUAUAGACGGUGCUUGGAAUCGUUAUGCCUUCAACGACGAAAAUCUACCACAUUGGUUUGUACAAGACGAAGAUUUACAUAUGCGAAAACCAGUACCAGUGCCAAACGAAAUCAUAGAGGAGUAUGAACGUAAAGUGCAAGAAUUGAACGCACGGCCAAUCAAGAAGGUAAUGGAGGCUAAGGCGCGCAAGCGCAAACACGCGCUCAAACGUUUAGCCAAAGCAAAGAAACAAGCUGAAAAAAUAAUGGACGACAACGACGCGACGGCGCAAGAAAAGGCAAAGCAGCUAAGAAAGAUUUACAAGAAGGCGCAAGAGAAGAAAAAGGAAAUUACUUAUGUUGUAGCGAAAAAACAUCAAGCAGCGAAACGUGCGCGUCGUCCCGCCGGCUUGAAGGGACGUUACCGUGUAGUCGAUCCGCGACAGAAGAAAGACAAACGCGCAUUGAGUGCGAAAUCAAAGCGCGAAAAGAAACGUAAGGGCAAAAAAUAAGAAAACUAUAUUAGUCAGCACUAAAUUUUUACAUAUUGCUAUGUACAGAAUUACAUAAUAAUAGUUGUAGUUAAUAAUUGAUUAAAUGUAUUUACAAAUUCAUAAAGAA